AUGGAAUUUCAUCACUGGAUAAGCUUCAAUGGGGUUUUGCAGAACGUAGUUUUUUUAUCACAGCUGUUUAUCGCAGUAAAUAUCUGAAACGGAGAAUUAUGUACAGCUAUGGUCAUCCUGGAUCAUUCAACCCUGCUGUUAUAACGAACAAAGAAGCGCAUAUGAUUUAUGGUAACAUGAACAAGGAAGCUGGCUCCUCACAAGCUACUGGUCUUGUCAAGAAGAAAAGGUCCAAAAUUUCCAACUUUUUUUCCAAAACUGAACAGCGCUCUUUUGAAGGUUAGUUUAGGCUUUCGAUGCUUUAUUUAACUUAUGCUUAAAUGAAAGCCUACUACUAUGUCUGUGCAUCACAUGUCAUAUAUAUGAUCAUUCUUUUUUUUUAGAGCCUGCAUGCAAAAAAUCUUGCCAACCAAUCGCAGAUAAAUUGACU